CAUUAAGUUUGGGUACAGCCAAAGAGACGGAGCGUGGCGUCAUAAAACCUUGUCUUACCGGCUCUGUCACCAUCAUCCCUUUAUUUCGUUCUUACUGAUACUGUGUUUCUGUUUUUUAAUUAGUAGUUCUUAAUUUUGUAAGUCGCACACAACGUUACCGUUAACACAAUGGGAGAUAAAGUUGAUAUGAGUUUGGAUGAUAUCAUCAAAACUAACCGUUCUGCUGGCCGAGGCCGAGGCGGACGCGGCGGUCGAGGUGGCAGUUCUCGUGGAGGCAAUCGCAAUGCCAGCUCAGGUCCCGUUCGUAAUCAACGACAGGGAAACGCUGGUCGUGCUGCACCAUAUGCUAAAGGCAAUCCAGAUGGUGACUGGUCUCAUGACAUGUAUGAAGGUGGACCAAGGAAAACCAAUCCUCGACUUGGUGCAGCCCCGACUGCAGCGGGCGGUUCUUCCAAGCUAGUCGUUUCAAAUUUGGACUUUGGUGUGUCAGAUGCAGAUAUCAAGGAACUUUUUAUGGAAUUUGGACCGUUAAAACAUGCCUCUGUACAUUAUGACAGAUCAGGCAGGUCUCUGGGUACAGCCGAUGUUGUAUUUGAACGCCGUCUCGAUGCUGUGAAGGCAAUGAAACAGUACAACGGAGUACCAUUGGAUGGUCGAUCCAUGGUCAUUCAAAUGGCUACGUCUGAUUUAAACACAAUCGCAAAUCGCCUGACUAGCCCUCGGUCUAAUACUAACAACGGACAACAAAAGAGGAUCGGAACAGCAGCUCCCAGGGGUCAAAGAGGUGGAGGGCAGCGUGGUCAAAGAGGAGGUGCUGGUGGUGGACGUCGUGGCAAUCCCAAACAGCCUGCGCCGACAGCAGAUGAGCUUGAUGCUGAAUUGGAGUCGUACAGGAGCGAGUUGAAAUAAUGCAAUCGUAAAAUAUUCACCAAAUUAUUUGAUUUCCCCAAGUCUACACGUGGUGGAUCAGAUGUGUUGCACUACUGACGUCGAACCCUGAUCCCAACUUAUUCUCUUCCUCCCACAUCCACUUUUCAACCGUGUUUUCUCUUUCGUUCUUUUCAUAUGAAAAUUAAUGUUUUGAAAGACAAACAUGUCAAGACCUGGUUUUAAGACAUAAAAAUGAAGCUUUCAGCGAAA